AUGAUAAGCGCCACCGGCAGCGUACCGGUGUGCGAGGCGAAACCCAGUACGUUGAUGGGUCGACGAAAUAUUUCUCAGGAAAUAAAAUCUGACAAGGAAAUUGUGGCUGAGAAUCCGCAUGUGGAACAUGGCGGCAGCUAUCGCCCGAAGCAUUGUGUCCAGCGUGGUCGAAUGAAAGUGGCGGUAUUGGUGGCAUACCGGAGCCGUACGGAACAUCUGCAAAUCUUGCUGAACAAUCUCCACCCGUUUCUUCAACGACAGCAGCUGGACUAUACCAUUUUUGUCGCGGAACAAAGUGGAAAUGCAACAUUCAACCGAGGCAAGCUCUUCAACACGGGAUUCCAAGAGGUCAACAAAUUGUCCGGUUACAGUUGUUUUGUCUUCCACGACGUAGAUCUUUUACCGGAAAACGACCAUAAUUCAUACUUUUGUCCCACGAUACCGACUCUUUUAGCCAGUGUGAUGGAUAAGAAUCAGUACAAGCCGUUUUACGACACUUAUUUUGGUUCCGAAGACGAUGACUUGGGCGAGCGGGUCCGAACGAAGCUGGGUAAGCCGGGAAGAGUGCCCUUCGAUAUAGGCCAGUACACCAUGAUUAAGCACGGCAGAGAUUCUGGCAAUCCAUUCAAUCCCAAAGGUCAGGAACUAGCCAAAAACGCCACACAGAGAAUGGAGACAGAUGGUUUAUCGAAUGUCCAUUAUACGAUACUGCAAUCUGAGCUGCGACCACUAUACACUUGGAUGCUGGUGGAUCUGGGUGCACCACCGUAA